AUGUCUCCAACCACCAAUUUCAAUACGAUCCCCGUUGAGCUGUUGACGAGGAUCUUCUCUUGCUUACGCGAUGAUUCCAAGUAUGGAAAAGAAGGGAUCGAAAACAGUCGCUUGGUAUCGCGACGAUUCAGAGACAUAGCCUCGAAAUUUCUCAUCACCGAGAUCUCUGUCUGUCUCAAUUCUGGGUCCUUCGCACGUUUCGAGUCUAUCUGCACCCAUCCCGUAUUCAGCAAAGGUGUACAGAGAGUCAAUAUCUUGUUAUCAUACUACGAAGCCGAAUUGGCCCGCGAUAAACAGCUAUACAUGAUGGAAGCGCGAUCAAGGCUUUUACGACACUGGGAAACCAUGGAACGAUCGAGACUAUACAAGAGAAAGUACAAUGUGACAGACGAGCUAUUUCGAUGGUUAGGAAACAUUGCUUGGGAUGGCAAUUCUGACGUCCAGCAACUGGCCAGAGGCGAAGACAUCCAGACGACACCGACUCCAAUCCAGAGUUUGUUCCUCAAGGCCUACGAUAUUUACAAAGAAAGAUUUGAGGACCAGGAUAGUCUGAGAAAGGACAAUGCACAUAUCGGUCGCCUGGUAAAUGGCUUGGCUUCUCUCCCAGGCCUCACAACACUCAACUUGGACGAUACUCACGGAACAAAAAUGAUCAUGAGAGAAUCAACACAAACCAGGCUCGGAGAUAAUCAAAUGCACCCCGAGGACUUUUCGGACACUGGGUACGAUCGAACCACAUUGCAACAUUUUGACAGCGCCAUUCGCCAGUCUGGCUGGUGCGGCUCUUUCCAUACCGGCGGAAACCGUCGCCACGAUGGCACAGUUGAUCUCUCGACAUCUCCCCCUCUCGAGAUGCUUGGAGAGUUAUGCUCCCAGCUUGGCGAGAAGGGGGUCAGGCCCAAGUCAAUCAGAAUCGCAGUGAAGCCACCUCCUGAUAUGCGACCAUUGGCAAUGUCAUUAGCACAACAAGAAAACAUGAAGCGGUUGGUCUCUCAAGCUUCAAGUCUGAUCUUCCAGUUUGACUUCUUUUCUCGCCCUUACAGUCUUCAAGAGAACCCCAGCGAUGAAAUGUUGGCUCUGUGCUCCAUCGCAAAGCCAUUCUUCAGCGCGCCAAAACUUGAGUUUUUGAAUAUAUACUUUAUGGAAUAUCCGAGAAGCAACACACCGCCAACAGUCUCUUUGAGCGAUAUUUUGCCGUUGGAUAUGUCCUGGCCACGACUGAAUACUCUAUGGCUGCUGUAUCAACCUAUGACUAUGGAUGAGCUGAGAGAUGUGGUCAGCAAGAAUUGUCAGGCAGUUCGUGAAUUUACGUUAAAGUCUCCUUGGUUUUUGCAAGGUAGCGUUCAUGAUGCAUUGCGCACUAUACGUGGGUUUGAGAACCUGCAAACUGUGGAUAUGACAUUCCCCAAGGGGUCCGACUUUCGAGGCACUGGUGCUUUGGACUUUAAGUGGCCGCUGGACGAGAUCAAACGUUAUCUUCUCAAAGAGACUGAUGAUUUCCCACUUCCGGACGAGUUAGAUUAUUCUAGGUAG